AUGGAGACCAGCACGCUCACACUCGAGGCGCACGCGCCGGCGUGGAGACACGUGCCGAGCGGAUCUCGACUGACAUCAUCUACAUUACCUUCGGCAGCAAGAGCUCCCGACAACCAGAGUCUGACACCUCCCUCACGCUCCUCUGACACUCAUGCUUUCAAGAUACUCACUGCUACUGACAUCAAAUCUCUCGAGGAAGCAGUGGAGCUGGUGACAGACUGCUAUCAGGACUACAUGACAAGGAAUGACGUCUGCUUACCAGCGGCCAAACUACUACACAGGCUCCGUAUCCGAUCAUGUCUGGAUAUAGGUAUGGUCUUCGCGCUGAUCCAUCGGGAAACAGGCACGAUGGACAGUAUAGCGUGCGUUAUUCCAGCUGGGAAGAGCAUCACCCAAGCGAAGCACUACGCACAAGGCUUGAAGUCUUGCCGCCACUUCAUGCACCUGCCUGACGACAUCACCGAGCUAUAUGCCGGUCAAUCACUCAGGCUGGGCUCCCUGAAGACGCAUACGGCGAGAAAGAAUGGAGAGACCUUGACCGCCUCGACCUCCUUGCUACCCGGGACGAAGCAAGUUGCCGAGGUAUCGGACUCGCCACUGACCUGCUCCAAGCCUGCAAGAUGUACGCCGCUGCCAGGGGCACUGACAUUGGCUUAUUCGCGGAGACUCAGCUACUCGAAGGCUUCUACACGCGGAAUGGGUUCAGCACGAUCCACAGAGAUGGACAGGGCAGCUGGAGAGCAAUGGUUCUGCGCAAUGACACAACUACUGACUGCGCAUGAGUCUCCAUGCGCAGGAGUGGACGAGCGCCAGAACACCACAUGGCUGCACCAUGCUUCGCUGGGUGCACAUCUACAGGAACGGCAGAUAGACCCUACAGCGGGCAUCUUGAUGACUGACCAUGAUGUGAUUUGA